AUGCUUUAUAUAUUAACAUUUAUUGCCUACGCCUAUUCCUACAUCAUCUAUGUGAAUGAGACUUAUUAAUUACAAUUAACUAAUCUAUUUGGAUACCUCGAAAAUCCUACUUAUUCAAUUGUAGAUGCAAAUCCAUAUGCUAGCAUAAUACCUUAAUAUCAUCUAUAUACAGAUUCCCAAAAACAUAAUCAAAAUGCCGAUGACAUCAUUAGUGUUAAAGCAUAGCAUUUAUUUGGUCAUUGGACUAAUCACUUCCUUUUCUUAGAAAAUAAUAAAGGAACGUUCAAUGUACAUUACUCCGAAAAUCCUUAGGAGGAAAAUGUUGCUACACCUAAAUUUAAUGAACAUUUAUAAGUGACUAAUGAAAACAAUAUGAUAUGCUUCGAUGCAGAAUAAUUUGAUUCUUCUCAUUAUAUUGUGGAUUGUGCUCUCUAAGUUACAGAUUAACCCUUAUAAAAUAAAUUCUAUGUCAUUGCCAAAGACUAAAGUCUCCAAUAACAGUAAGUAGCCAAUCCCCUUGGAUAUAAAACUAUGAGGAAAAGAAAGAUUGCUCAUUUGUAUCAAGAUGAAUAAGACUACUUAUUAUAAGGAUCCAUUUUUUAAUCUGAUUCCAUCAUUUAAAUAUAUAAAAUCAAAACUCCUGCAAUCACUUUUGAAGAAUAAUCAGUUGAAAUCAGCACUAACAUUUUGAAAAUUCUUUAUAAAGAUCAAUUGGAAGAGACCUUUAAAUUUUACCUAAUUGAUUAUAAAUUGGUAUAUAAUCAGGUUUUUAUAUUGGAUAACCUAUUUGUGGCAGCUUUGAGCUUUGAUAAGUAUGGAGAUUGGACUUCUACCUUUUUUAUUAAAUUAUAUGGUAAUAUCAUAGCCUUUGAUUAUGUUUACUUUUUGGAUGACAACGGGAAAAAGCUUAGCAUACUUGUUAUUCUUAAAGAUACCACAUUUGAUUUAUAUUUAAAUUCUUAAGGUGUAAGUACCUAUUCCCUACCUAAGAAAAUAUCCUAAAACUCUUAAAUAAAAAUAUCUGAUCAUUAUAUUAUAGUUGAAGAUGAAAAUACUAUUUAUUAAUAUUCGAUAUAUAAUAAGAUAUUAAUUAAUCAGAAGACCUUACAAUAAGUUAAUUUUUAUUUGGUUAAUCCGGUCUAUCCAGAUUUGAUAUCGAUUAGUUAUAAUUUAACUAGAAGAUAUUACAUAAGCGAUGGAUAUCUAUUAAUUAAAUCAGGAAAUGUAGCCGUUGAUAAAGCAUCCUUUAAUAUUUAAGCUGUUUCAAAAGGUGAAACUUUUACUAAAGAGAUUUCCUUAUAAAUUUUAAACUAAAAUGAUUUUAAUUUGUAUUUUAAUGAUAAACCAUAAUAAGUAAUCACAGAUGUGCUGGCAUCAGUAAAUUAUACUUAAGAUGUAAUUUAAUUUAUGAGUGGCCCAAAUGUUUAAUUUAAAUUUGAAAACUAAGGAGAUGAUUUAGACAUGGAAUUUGAGACUUUAGAAGAGAUGGUUAUUUCAAAUUGGCCUCAAGCAUCAGAUAUACAUUAUUAAGAUAUGUUAUAAUUUAAUGACACACAAGUCUAUGUUCUCUUUUAAUUAAAGAAUAAAGAAGUUUAAAUUUAUAAUUGUAAAUAAAAUUCAAUCUCUUUGAUUGAGUAAUGCACUUAAUUUGUAAACUCAAGUGUUUUCAGCAAGAGUUUUAGCGUUUUAGUUGAUGAAUCGCAUUUUUAAUGGUGGAUUGAUAAUGAAUAAGCCUAUGUUGUAUUUUGCGAUUAGGAAUAAACUGCAGAAUUAUGGAAAAUAAAUGAAUAAGAAUUAGUUAAACUUAAUAAAAUAACUAGUGUUGGAGAAGCAAUAACACAACUUUUAGAAUUGGAUAGAAGAAUAUACCUUUUAAGGGAAAAAAGUAAAAGGAUUGGAAUAUACAAUUCACUUGAUGGCGCUCCCUUAGAUUAGAUUGAUGAGCCAACAGUGAAAUCUCUUGGAAUGAUAAAGAGUUGGAGUCCUAAAAAGUUAUUUGGAAAUUAAAAAUAUAAUGGUCAUUUGUUAUUCAUUCGUAAUUCAGACAAUAUAUUGAUUACUAUUUAUAAUAAUCAACUAAAUAUGGUAGAAUGUAUAUUAAAUACUGAUGAGGUAUAGAUAACAACGUAUAAAUCAUCCUUUUUUAUGAUAAAGCAAACUCAGAUUUUAGAAUACUCUUUAGAAGAUUUAAAUAAUGUUUAUUUAAUUAGAUAAUUAUAAAUUUAUAAUCAUGAAUUUAAGAAUCCAAUGCUGAUCACUCAAUCAGAAGAUAAUGGAUUUUUAUUCAUUCUAACUAAACAAUAAUAGAUUUUAGUUUAUCAACCAUAUAAUUAAAAUAGCAAUGAUCAGUUAUUUAGAAUAAUUGAUGCUCAUUUGGAUGAUAAAUUUAUGAUGUCUGCUUGUGGAUAUCAAAAAACUCAUUUGUAUUUCAAUAAUGGAACUCAUUAAUCGUAUUUUGCAAUCCUAAAAUAAUCUAAAUUAUACAUAAAAUCUAUUAAUUUAAACAACUUUGAUUAUUAUGUGAAUGUAACCAAAACUUUGACAAUUUUUAAUACUGAACAUACUUAAAAAAUUUUAGAAACAAUCUUUAUUUUAAAUAUUAAAUAUCCUAUAGCAUUAACUUAAUAAUUAGAUAUUUCGAUUAAUUCAUCUUUAUAAAAUUCAACAGUUAAGUUAAAUUAGUUAUAUAAAGGUUAAGUACAGAACAUUAGCAUUGAUUGUGAUUAAUGCAAGGAUUUGAUUAAAUUAAACUUACCAAUUGAGAGAAUAAGUGAAAAUAUUGCUACAAAUGUUUUGGAUAUUGAAUCAUUCAAUUCCUUAUAUAAUGUUGCACUUACCAAAGAUAAAUUACUAGCUAUAAAUCACAAAGAUAAUGUGAGUAGUUUAAUUGAAUUUUAAUCGCCGAAUAGCUGUGAAAUGAUUGCCAUGCAAGAAAAUGCUAAAUAUAUAGUAACACUUUGUAAAUAUAAUAAUGUCUAUCAUGCAUAUUUGACUGUGUGUGAUAAGGAUUAGAAAUGUAGUAAUAUUGAUACUCCUUAAGAUAUAUUAGAUUUAAAUGGAGUUCAAAAAAUGGUGGUAAUACCUAGCGAUUUAAUACUUAUGUAAGAUUUUGGGAAAAUAUAUGUUUACUAUCUUAAUAUUAAUACUGAAUUAACGAAAUGGAGCAUUACACUAACAUAAAUCAUAUACAAUGACAAGGGUCUCACAGAUUUUGUGAUUCAGAAGUAUAGUACUCCUAAAGAAGGAGAAAAUUAAAAUUAUAUAUUGAGCUUCAUUGAUUAAGCUGAUCAUUUAAACAUAUAUUAUACAGAGUUUAAAUAGAAUAAACUUAACAUAAUCUAAGAGAAUAAUAUUUAUUUGUACGAUUUAGUUAGGAAGAACAAUCAGUUUGCUUUUAAGACAACAGAUUACAUAUAGCUUUUUGCAACUUAAGAAAUAAAAGAUAAUUAAUUAAAUUAUAUCAUCAUUUCAAAUGAUGUUGCAUCCUUUAAAUUGUAGUUAGACUUGGACAAUGCUAAGUUAGUUGUAAAAAGUAGAUUGAUUAAUGUCAUUAAUCCUUUCAAAAAUUGGAUAGCCUUGAAUAAAGGGUAUUUUAUUGAGGAUAACUUAUUAUUUAUUCCUUAUACAAAUAAACAAGACACUGUUUUGGCCAUUUAUGAAUUAAAUGAUAAGGAAUUGUCAGUUAAUAUGGUUUAUGGAUUAUAAGAUACUGCAUUUCAAGUUAAGGAUGGGCUAUUUAUAGUUUAUGGUUUUAAUGAAGGUCAAAAUAAAAGGCUAUAUACCAAUUUAGUAGGAAAGAUGUUGAAUGGUUAUUAAAUGAGUUUAGAAACAAGUCUUUCAGUUUUGAGACCUUCUCAAUUAAAAGAUAAAUAAUAAGUUACAAUAUCGGUGAGUAAUGCAUACAACAAGGAGGAAGAAAAAUUUAAUGUCAUUAGAGUUGAUGAUCCAGCACCUCCUCCUAACCCUCCAGAUGAUGAUAAAAGUGGUAGUUCCAAAUGGUGGUGGAUAUUACUGAUUGUGCUUUUUGGGGGAGGAUUGAUCAUAGGCGGAAUAUUAUUUUACAUGAAGAGGAAAUAACUGGGCCUAUUCAAAGUCAAAGAGAAUCAAUAUAGUCUGCAUAAUUAUUGA